AUGUCCUCCAACACGCCCCCGGGAUUUUACCGGCAGGAGCUGAAUAAGACCCUGUGGGAGGUGCCCGAGAGAUACCAGAAUCUGAGUCCCGUGGGCUCCGGGGCUUACGGCUCGGUGUGCUCAGCAUUUGACACAAAAACAGAACAGCGUGUUGCAGUGAAAAAGCUGUCACGGCCAUUUCAAUCCAUAAUCCAUGCUAAACGUACUUAUAGAGAACUUCGUCUGCUAAAGCAUAUGAAACAUGAAAAUGUCAUCGGACUCUUAGAUGUUUUUACUCCUUCAAAGUCAUUUGAUGACUUUAAUGAUGUAUAUCUGGUAACACAUCUAAUGGGAGCAGAUCUUAACAAUAUUGUAAAAUGUCAGAAGCUGACAGAUGAUCAUGUGCAGUUCUUAAUAUAUCAAAUUUUAAGAGGUCUUAAGUAUAUUCACUCAGCUGAUAUUAUUCAUAGGGACUUGAAACCCAGCAACCUUGCUGUUAAUGAAGAUUGUGAGCUGAAGAUUCUAGAUUUUGGUUUGGCGCGUCACACGGAUGAAGAGAUGACUGGGUAUGUGGCAACAAGGUGGUAUCGGGCACCUGAAAUCAUGUUAAACUGGAUGCAUUAUAAUCAGACAGUGGAUAUCUGGUCCGUUGGAUGUAUAAUGGCUGAACUCUUAACGGGUCGAACACUGUUUCCAGGCACAGACCAUAUUGAUCAGUUGAAGCUCAUUUUGAGGCUGGUUGGAACCCCUGAGCCCGAGCUACUGCAGAAAAUCUCCUCGGAGGCUGCACGGAACUAUAUCCAGUCACUGCCAUACAUGCCGAAAAUGAAUUUCGAAGAUGUCUUCCUGGGAGCCAACCCUCAAGCUGUAGACCUUUUGGAGAAGAUGCUUGUUUUAGACACGGACAAGAGGAUUACUGCAGCAGAAGCAUUAGCCCAUCCCUAUUUUGCUCAGUAUCACGAUCCAGAUGAUGAACCUAUAGCUGAGCCAUAUGACCAAAGUUUUGAAAGUCGGGAGCUUGACAUAGAAGAAUGGAAAAGUAAGUGUACAAAAUACCUUUCUCUGUGGCCUUUUUUUAGGAUUUUAAGAAUACAAUCUACAAUGUAUUGCAAAGAUUUAUUGCAGCUGCCCAGAUUUGGCCUCCCUCUGUAG